AGUGAAACUGAAAGGAGGGAGCCCGCGCUCCUCGGGUCCUUCGGCAGGAAGGUGAGCUCGAAAAAGCCCUGCACCCACUCUAGUGAGUUGCGGCCGAGAACUUCGGGCCGCGCAGGGAGGAGGAAGGGGAGUUCAGAAGGUCUUUGGACGCCGCGGCCUGGCCGGCUGUCUUCCUCAUGGCUUCAACCAGCCGUCCUGGCAGUGACUGCUCCCAUGUCAUCGAUCACAGCCACGUUCCCGGGUUCGAGGUGGCCUCCUGGAUCAAAAUCACCCUCAUCCUGGUGUACCUGGCCAUCUUCGUGGUGGGCAUCCUGGGGAAUAGUGUCACCAUUCGGGUCACCCAGGUGCUGCAGAAGAAGGGCUACCUGCAGAAGGAGGUGACGGAUCACAUGGUGAGCCUGGCUUGCUCCGACAUCCUGGUCUUCCUCGUCGGCAUGCCCGUGGAGUUCUACAGCAUCAUCUGGAAUCCCCUGACCACGCCCAGCUACACCGUGUCCUGCAAGCUUCACACGUUCCUCUUCGAGGCCUGCAGCUACGCCACGCUGCUGCACGUGCUGACGCUCAGCUUCGAGCGCUACAUCGCCAUCUGCCACCCCUUCCGGUAUAAAGCCAUGUCGGGGCCCUGCCAGGUGAAGCUGCUGAUUGCUUUCGUCUGGGUCACCUCCGCCCUGGUGGCGUUGCCUUUGCUUUUUGCCAUGGGAGUCGAGUACCCCUUGGUGAACGUGCCCAGUCACCGCGGUCUCACGUGCAACCGCUCCCGUACCCGCCACCACGAGCAACCGGAGAGCUCCAACAUGUCCAUCUGUACCAACCUCUCCAGCCGCUGGACCGUGUUCCAGUCCAGCAUCUUCGGUGCCUUCGUCAUCUACCUCGUGGUCCUGUUCUCCGUGGCCUUCAUGUGCUGGAGCAUGAUGCGGGCGCUCACGAGGAGUAAGCAGGGCACGCUGGCCGCCCAGGGGCAGCAGCUGCAGGGGAGGAAGUCGGAGAGCCAGGAGAGCAGGAGCGCCCGGAGGCAGACCAUCAUCUUCCUGAGGCUGAUCGUUGUGACGUUGGCCGUCUGCUGGAUGCCUAACCAGGUUCGGAGGAUCAUGGCUGCGGCCAAACCCAAGCACGACUGGACCAAGUCCUACUUCCAGGCGUACAUGGUCCUCCUCCCCUUCUCGGACACCUUCUUCUACCUGAGCUCGGUCGUCAACCCGCUGUUGUACAACGUGUCCUCGCAGCAGUUCCGCAGCGUGUUCGGGCAGGUGCUGCGCUGCCGGCUGACGCUGCCACACGCCAACCAGGAGAAGCGUCUGCGCGCCCACGUGGCCUCCACCGUGGAUAGCGCCCGCUUAGCACGCCGCCCGCUCAUCUUCCUGGCUUCCCGGCCCAAUUCCUCUGCAAGGAGAACUGACAAGGUUUUCUUAAGCACUUUUCAGAGCGAGGCCAAGCCCGACUCUAAGCCUCAGCAGUUGAGUCGUGAGUCACCGGAUCCCAACUCGGAGGUGAAACCUGCCCACCCUGCCGCCGAAAAUGGUUUCCAGGAGCAUGAAGUGUGACUGUCCGUAAAGGAAGGAAGGAAAGCUGGAGCACCAACAGGCCCUCCCCACACGAAAGCGACGGUUACCUUCAUGCAGCAGUGACAACAAACUGUGCCCCCAUCAUCAGGGACAGGAGUGGAAGACAGACAGACAGGGGCCUGGGGAAAAAAAACAGAUGGCCACUUAAAAGUGUCACUUACGUAAGGGCUAAUGCUGCUUCCAACCUGGCCUCAACUCUGGCCCAUCUGUAUCCAUUCCUCCUCCUUCCUUCCAUUAAGGACACACUGAAAAUUCAGUCAAACUGAAUGUAUCCAGAGCUCACAAAAAGUUUUUUGUUUUUACACUGAGCUCUUUCACUAUUUGCAAAGGAACUGAAAGAGAGAAAACGGAUUCCCCUCGCUACCCGGAAUAAAAGGACACCCAGAAAAAUCUCAAAAUCUCAGGGGGCUGGGGGGAGGCAGGCCAGAAGAACAAUGCAGGAGGAGCUGCUGUCUCCUUCAGCUUCAGCAGUGUGCCAAGAAAAGGCCUAAUUUGAGGAGCAGGAUGGUGCUGGGGAGCCCUGGCCGAAGGGCUGGGGCAGAACUGCUCCUUUUCUUGGGCCGGGGCCCGUUGCAAAGAGGGGUGUUGCAGCAGCUGAUGCACACGGAAUUCAGUCUUCCUGGGGAGCAAAAGGAUUGGUACCCAGCCGAGGCGAUGAGGCAGGCCGCCGACGAUGCACACGACUUGCGGUACAGGAUUCCUGCAACACAGACCCAAAGGAGCGCGGUUAACCAGCCUGCACUGGCCACAAGACGGCAACCCUCUGAGCCCAAAUCCCCACGGAGAGCGCUGUCUUACUUCUCCUACAGCCCAGAAACUUGGUGUGGCCAGGGAGCUGCUCCAGCUUGUUUUCAUUGAGCCCCCCCAAAAUACAUGACGUGUGCAGUGGAGAAGGCAGGCAUCAUUUCACUUGCUUCUGAGAUGCCAGUACCAGUGAAUAAAGAGCUUUUACAAUCAAA